UUGCAGUCGUCUUUUGUCAUCCUACGACAAAGUCAAGACACUCACCAACCAGUAAAUGUGCUUUUCCCGUGCCAGCACCAGCGGACGUUUCCUCAACCUCAUCAUAACCAUCACCACCACCAUCCCAUGAGGGGCUCGAGGGGCGGUGGCCCGCGGUCGGCAUGUGGCCGCGGAGGAGGAGUGUCAUCAUCGCCAGGUGCGGGGGCGCGGCAGCAGCAGCGUGCCCGCUCCGACACGGAGCCGCUGGAACGGCUGCUGGACACGCCGCAGCUGGUGGUGACGGAGCAGCCCAAGGAGAGGGGCAUGCGCUUCCGCUACGAGUGCGAGGGGCGCUCCGCCGGCAGCAUCCUGGGGGCCAGCAGCAGCGAGACCAACAAGACCCUGCCCUCCAUAGAGAUUCAAGGCCCAAUUAAGGAGUUAAAGGGUGUCACAGUCACCGUUUCCCUGGUUACCAAAGAUGUCCCCUACCGCCCACACCCCCACUGCCUCGUGGGUAAAGACUGUUCCGAUGGCAUAUGUGUCAUUCAUCUCAACCCACACAACUCCCGCAGACACAGUUUUUCUAACCUGGGCAUCCAGUGUGUGCGUAGGAAAGAGCUUGACCUUUCUCUAAAGAAGAGACGGGAUCAGAAAAUUGAUCCAUUUAACACUGGCCAGUCGAAGAGCAUUGAGGAUAUGGACAUGAAUGUGGUCCGGCUGUGUUUCCAAUGUGAACUGGAGAGGAAUGACGGCGAGAGGAUCCACCUGUCCCCCAUCAUCUCAAAUCCCAUUUUCGACAAGAAAGCCACAACGACAUCGGAGCUGAAAAUAACUCGGCUAAAUGUUGUGAAGGGACCGUGCACGGGGAAGACGGAGAUCUACAUGCUGUGUGACAAAGUCCAGAAAGAUGACAUCGAGAUCAUUUUUGGCUUUGAAUCGUGGGAGGCCAAGGCCGAGUUUGCCCAGACAGACGUGCACCGGCAGAUAGCCAUCGUCUUCAAGUCGCCCCCAUACCAGGACCAGGACAUCUACGAGGAGGUGGAGGUCAACGUCUUCCUGAGACGCCUCUCGGACCGCAUGGACAGCGAGCCCGUCAAGUUCACCUACACGCCCUCCAAUCCAGAUCCAUAUGGAGUCAAUCGCAAAAGGAAAAUCAAGCCUGACAUCAAGUUCAGCGAGGGGUGCAAUGUGAGAGCUGAGAGUGGGAUGGGGGAGCCUGCGUCUGCCUCUGCGUCUCUGCCUGCCCCUGCGCCUCCGCCCGUGAGCCUCCCCCACGCGCUUGACCCCUUCUCCUACCCGCUGGACACCUCGUUUGGCAUGGGGAGCGCCGCCCAAGACGACCUGGCAGGGCCAGGGCAGCCCAUGCAGAGCCUGGCCGACUUCCAGCACAUCCUGGAGGGGGUGAAGCAAGAGGACCCCUCGGGCUCCCUGGACACGGACACCAUGAACAUGCUGUCCACCGUGCUCCAGAUGCUGGACCCCACUUGCUGUGCCAGCCUGGGCUUGUCUAGCCUCGACGACACGGCCACCUUUGGGAUGGACGGCGGCGGCAGCAGCUUCCCUGGGGAAGACCCCUUCGCGAACAUGAACAUGAGCUGUUACACAGACAUGCAGUUCGGACAGCUGGUGGGUGCUGGUGCUGGGCAGCAACACACGUUGGCUCCCUCCAUCAUGGACCUCCAGCCCACGCUGUCACUGGCGCUGCUGACCGAACAGGGCAUGGGGGACGUGGGGGAGCCACACGGCGGCACCCCCCCUCAGGUCAAGACGGAGAAAGACAAUGACAUGUGAAGCCCUCAGGAAUGGAUGUCUGAAGCCUAAUGGGAGAGGUUUAAACUAAAGAGACUUCUUGUUGUUGAAUCAGGAGGCGUUUGGGACAGCACAGUUCUUGUCCAAUCAUCUACUGUGUAGGUUGAAGCUACAAGCUACUGUAAGUGGCAGAAUGUUUCUGGGAAAUGGGAACGGAUGUUGCUGUACGUCGCCGGGUCUCGCUGGACGAAACCUAGAAGAAGCAACGGCGUGUUUAACGGGGCGCUGUGAUGUGCAUUAUUGUUAGUUCGAAGAGGCUGCUCCCCACUGACCAUGACAGUGAUUCCCCUUUCUGCUGCUGCCCAACGGACUGUUAGCAAGCACAAGUCAUUCUGAAAUUAAUGACCAAAUGGCCAGUCUGGACUGUGAAAAAAAAACCUUUUAGUUGUCAAGAAAAGCUUAAAUGAAUUUAGUUUGUGCUCUUGCCGUCCAAUGUCCUCUUCAAAUGCAUUUCCACAUCAAUGUUACGGUUCAAAGGAUUCAAGUUCAUGUUGUAAAAUAUUCUAAUGUGGGCAGCUGACCAAACUGACCGCUAUUUAUAGAAAACAACUAUGUCUUAGUUUAUUAAAAAAAAACAUAUCCUACCAUGCUACUACUGCCAGUAGUGACAGAAAAUGGCAUUCAGAUCCAUUAACAAUGAGUUUAGUUUAUGAAAGGAGACAUUGUAGACCGCUGCUUCCAUAGCGGUAGCUCCAGUAGCAAUCUCCCACAGCUCUCAAUUCCAUUGAAUUAUGUUGUUGAUAUGAUAUGAAGCCCAUUGUUUUUUCUGUCAGUUUUGUGAUGUCUAGGUUUGUGGACCAUAACCGUUUCGCUUUGUGUGUGCCCUGUCUGUGUCUGUGUGUGUGAGCUAUGGUUAAACAUUAAAAAAAUUGUUGUACGAACCACA